AUGCCGGAAGCGCUGGGAGCAAGAAGGGGCGUCACCAGUCCGACUCGUCAAUGUCCGCAUUCUCUCGAGACACACCAGCUCCCCAGCGAGCCCAAUCCCCCAACUCCGAAAAUGUCUCUCCGCCGGACCAGCAGUUUGAGCAUGCCUCCCGGUCACUCACGCGAGCAUCUUUCGAUGGGCGAGGCCAUGUGCAAGACGCUGCGAGCCGCUCCAGGUGCCGACGACGCAAUCGUGUGGUACACGACGGACUAUGGAUGCUCAAGCUCAUCGAAUCUCAUCGAGACGGCCAAAGUGUGGACGCUGCCCAAAACGCCUGGGACUUUCACACCGUUAGGGACCUCGGCCACCUCUCCCUCCCUCCCUCCCUUACAGAACCCUUACCAACCACGGCGCGAAAUGGGCAACAACAAGCGAGCAAGGAGGCAUGCCGACGACGCCGACAAGUACUACAUUUCCUCUCCGGAUCCUACAAAGCACGAACUACGGAUCCUCGUCCGCAAGAAACAGCAGCGGAGGUAUCUCGACGCCAAGGUCAGGCUGGAGCAAUCUUAA